AUGGGCCUACCGGUCAAGCAGGUGGACAAGAUAGACGAGGGCAUAGAUCUGCCGAGUUUGGCGGAGGUGAGGCGUGCAGUCCAGGAGGAGGGCCAACCAGGACACAAAGGUUAUGUAGAAGCCGCGACGGGUCGAGGGUAUGUGCCCGGGGCUCUACGAGAGAGAGCAAUUUGCGGCUUGCACUACGGACGAGGAGGAGCACACAUGGGUGUGACAAAGACUGUGAGAAGAGUAGCGCAGUACUUUGUGUGGCCGGGCAUGCCGGCUGACGUGGCAGCCUUUGUGAAGUCUUGCUUGAUAUGCGCGCGACAAAAGCAACCGCGUUCCCCCACGCAUGGAUACGAGGUGGGGCACUUGGACGCUGCGGCGGCUGAGCUUACCUACAAGGUGUUCAAAGCGUGCUGGCUGGACUACUUCGGAGUGCCGAGGGUGAUACUUACGGACAAUGGCGGUGCGUUCCACGAGCAGGUGGUCAGCGCUCUGGGUGUGAGUCACCUGUACUGUAGCGCUUACAGGCCACAGGGCAACGGAGUUAAUGAGGCGUCACAUCAGUUCCUUAAGUUAGGAAUGGCAGUACUUUGGCAAGAAGGCAGUCGUGACAUCUCGACGAUGCUAGCGGAGGUGGUAAACGUGUAUAACACCACACCGCACCGAGCUAAAAGGUUGAGUCCUUUUCAGUCAUUCUUCGGGUUGGAGGCGAUAGUACCGGGCUGUCACGAAUGGGCGGAAUGGUUGCCAGAGAGUAUCCGGAAGACAAAUGUAGUAGCUGCUCUGAGAGACCGGCUGAUUAGGCUUCUGGUGAGAGACCGCCAAGUGAAGACGUCGUUAGAGAAACCUUUGCAGCGAGGUGAUAUCGUUGUGGCAAGAGUGCAUGCUGGAGGAGCGACUGAACAUUUAGGCACGAACGAAGAGGCCACCCCCGACUGGCUCGCCAGCACCUGGUCGUUGCCCAUGUUAGUGCUGAGAGUAGAUGGUAAGCGAGUCACCCCCCGGCGGUACGGAAAGAAGGAUAAGACGAUAGAGGUCAGCCCGGCUGACGAUAGAGGUCAGCCUGGCUGA